CUGAAGUUAUUUCCCUCUCAGUCUGUCAGUCAGGAUGGAGCUGGAUAUUUAAACAGGGCAGCUGGAGCCUGCAGAGUUCCCUACAGAAACCCCCUCAACAAAGCCUACCUGAUCUCUCCGGCCCGCACAGCAGACCAUCCCGUCAGACAUCUCACCAUGAAGCUCUGGGUUGUGCUUUGCCUUGCACUGCUCUGGGUGGAGCUCCAAAAUGGUGACUGCCAGCAAGUCAAGAGGAGAAAAGACGUAGGAGAAAACCGCAUCCGGCCAGGAGGGAAGCGGGUGAAGGUGAGAAACCCCAAACUUAAAGAUGGAGGAGGGAAAGGCCAGUCCCUGCUGACCCAGGUCCUAGAUAAGGGGCGCUUCCUGCGCCUGGGCCAGACCACCAGUCUGACUCCUGGGAGGAACAUGGAGCUACGCUGCAAAGGAAACUCUAUCGGCUGGUCGUACCCGACAUACCUGGACACCUUCAACGACUCACGCCUCAGCAUCAAGCAGAGUGACAAGUACAGUCAGCUGAUCCUGACGUCGCCCUCUGCUGCUGACACGGGGCCCUACAGCUGCUGGGUGAUCGUGUGUGAUGGCACAGAGUGCGAGCAGGACCACGACCGCAGCUACGUCUCAUACAUCUACUUCACAGACAGAGACAACCUCUUCGUCCCCUCUGCCAUCCACUUUGAGAUCGUGUACCUGCGCUCAGACCAGCCCGCCGUGGUGCCCUGCCGUGUGACCGACCCGCAGGCCAAGGUGUCGCUGCACAGAGAGGUCCCUCCAGAGGAGAUCACAGCCAACGGGACGCAGCUGACCUAUGACCCCACUAAAGGCUUCGUCCUGCAGAGCCCCAGCCCGGAGCACCAGGGCGUCUUCUACUGCAAGGCUGUGACCAAAGGCACCCCUCAGAUCUCCACAAAGUACCAGCUGCUCUACGUUGAGGUUCCUAGUGGGGCACCAUUUGUCAGUCUUGAAUCCUCUCCGGAGUCUGUGGCAGGAGGCGACAACAUCAACGUGACCUGCACAGUGCUGGGGGAGCCGGAGGUGGAAGUGAGCUUCACCUGGACUUAUCCUGGUCAGGGCCGGCGUCCAGUUCACACCCAAACCUCCUGGAGGCUGGUUCACAGAGGGAUGAGCCACACCACGCGGGUCUCCCAGAGCGUCAUGACUGUAGAGGACAUGGAGACCAUCGACUUUGGCAAAUACACCUGUAAAGCCAAGAACCAGCACGGUGAGACGAUUGUGGCGACCAACAUCAUCUCCAAGUAGAGCCGGCAGCAGCCUGUGUCGUGUUUGAUGUGUAUUGUUGACAUAUAACUGGAACACACCGACCAGUGAGACCUUAUGGAUCCACAUGUAUAUAUACAUUAAAAUGGGUGUAUUUUUAGAUUGCAGAUUGUGAUACCAUAAUAAACAGAUUUGCUACAUCUUUUGUUGGAGAGCUAAUUGAAUUGAACUUUGUUGUUGACAUGACUAAUGAAACAAAGCAUAAAGCCACAAGUCAAUCACAGAUGCAAAAGUACUUGGGUUGUUUCCUGUGGUGGAAAGUAACUAAGUACAUUUACUCAAGUACUGUACAAAAGUACAGUUUUGAAGUAGUUGUACUUUACUUGAGUUUUUCAAUUUUAUGUGACUUUAUACUUCUACUUCACUACAUUUAGCUGACAGCUUUAGUUACUUUUCAGGCCGAGAUUUAACAUAAAAAAUGCAUUUAAAGUGAUUUGACUUGUUUAAAAAAAAAAAAAACGUAACCUCAUAAGAGUAUAAAGUAAAUAAAAUUAGCCUUAUCUUGAUAAGUUAAAA